GUCAAUUGUACAUAUGUAUAUUCGUACAUAGUUAAGUUUUCGAAGUAUACAUAUAACACAUAUGUACAUACAUUUCAAAUACCUUCCAGUACAGUAUACCAGUAGAAAAGGUUUUGGUUUUUGUAGCUGUUUCGUGGUGAAAGUCCUUUAUGGGGACCAAAUUUCCCCACAAGAAAUUGAGCGCACGGUUGGUUUUGCAUGCCAAAAUAAAGAAUACUAGAAAACCUUGAAAAAAAGUCUGACAUAUUUCUAUAUAUAUAUUCUACUAAAAAUAAACACAAUAAUGUGCGCUAAUUAGAUAACGCGAUAAUCAUGUUUGGAAACUCUUUUCUACUCUUAUUUUUACAAAAUAAUAUUGCGGAUCAGAUUGCUCUGAGCGCUUGUGUUGUUUACCAAGAAAAUGCAGCCCUGUUGGUUUUUAUUUCUGUAUCGCAUCGCGGUGAGUUUCUAUUUCUUGGUAAUUUGGUUUGUGAAAUGACUAUUAGUUACAAGCACAGCAUCAUCAACGGUGAUUGCAAGAACUACUGCAAUCCCUGCGGUUUUCCUCUUUGUAAAUGCGUUCUGGUCGUGACCAAGGGUGGUCUUCCAAAUCAGCCGGGAAUAAGGCUAUUGUUGCAGAACAAAAUGCCCCAACCACUGCUGUGGUAAAUAUGUACCAGCAGUACUGCCCACCGCCGUCGGUGCAAUGAUUUCGAUAGCUGAACAAACGCCAUCUCCUGGGCAUUCCCACAGCUUGCCGACACCAGCUAUUAUAUCACGUGUGAAUGCAACUGCGGCUAAAUUUGGUUAUUAACAGUGCAAUAGUGCCAUAUCAUUGGCAAAAACACAAAGGGUUGCUGGCAUAUAGAGGUUGUAAAGUUUUGGGAAACGAAGAACCUACUCGAAGAA